GCGGUGUUUUCAGCCCGGAGAGCCCUAUAAGAGCCCAAAAGGCCCGGGCACGGGGCAGCCCUUCCAGCGCCCGGAGCAGCACAGCGGCGGCGCCCGGACCGAGCCCGGACCGAGCUCCCAGCUCCGGCAGAGCCUUGAGACUUAAACAGCACAGAGGGGACUGAAUCCCACGAGGCAAGAGCUGCAGAAUUGGCAUCAGGACUCAGACCUGCCAAUUCUGGCAAGUCCAUACAAACCACGCAAAAAGGCACAAGGGGGGACUUCAACCCCACAAAACCACAGCUUCAAAAUUCACAAUUCACCCAGGCAAUUACAAGAUUUGGUACAACCCUUGUAACAAAUCAAAUUUCUGUGAGUUCCUACAGAAGGAACCCUAAUCUCCACACCAAAACCCUUGUUUUAUCUUUUGCAACUAAAACCAAACUGUUGCAUGCACGAAAGACUUUAGAAUUCACCGUGCAAUUGCAUUUUAUGUGGAUGUGACAGCCUGGUCAGAGAGUGACAGAACUAGAUAAGUUUUCCUGCCGGUGAUGCCCAUCUUUUAUUGCCAGGGAGCAGAGGGACAGCCUUGCACUGCCCCAAAAGCCUGCUGGCCAGCCUCGCCUUCUCCCCUGCACGCCAGGGACCAACUCCCUCACGGCCAGCAGGAGCUGCAGCUCCCAACUCAAGAUCCUCCCCAAACAUCGCGGGUGAGGGUGAAGCCAUCUCCACCAUCAGCAGUUGUCACAGCCAUGCAGGUCGCUGCGCCAGCUCCCUUGUCAUCAGACACAGAGCCUGCAGAGAUGUCCCAGCCACAGCCACCAUCAGCGCUUGCCGUCAGGUGCUUGUCCCCGCUGACUUCACACCCCCCGCCAGCUUCCCCCUCCUUUUCCUACAAAGCUGUCUCACAUUUAGGACACACCGUCAGGCAUAAUGUGAUUGCCUGGGAGGUGGUUAUAAGUUUGAUAGAAAAGGUUGCAGAAUAUGGCCUUGGCUCCGUGCAAGUUAUUCAGGCUCUCAGAGUGCUAAAGUCAGACCUGCUGGGUCCAUCUGAUAUUAGAUAUAUAGCUCGGGUACUCUUCCAGCCUUUCCUGUUUGAUAUUUUUUUGAACAAAUGGAGGAAGGCCGCUGAAAAGGCUGCAGAAGGCAACAGGCUUUUGCCUCAGGGAGAUCCUAGGUUUCACGUGGGGGCGGACGUUCUCCUUGGAGAACAGGCCUCUUCCAAUCCUGAUUUUCAAGCCUGGGACUUUGCUGUUCUUGAGCAGGGUCAAAGGGUAGGAUUUAAGGCAUUGUUAAGAACUAUUGAAUUGGCCUCCCCCGGGCCACAAUUUACGACAAUAACUCAAGGAGCAUAUGAACCCUUUCUGCCAUUUGUCGAGAGGCUUGCUGAUGCCCUGGAGAGGCAGGUUGAGAACGAUGAAACAAGGGAUAUUUUGUGCAAGCAGCUUGCCUGGCUCAACUCAAACACUGAGUGCCAGAGGAUCAUAGAGGCUCUUCCAGGCGACCCAUCGCUGGUAGACAUGGUCACUGCAUGUGCCAGGGCAGGUCCUGUACACCACAGUGUGUCUGGCCAGAUGCCCUUAGAGGGUGGACAACAGAAGAGGAGCAAGAAUAAGGGCAAGAGAAAGCAAGGAACACCCCAACCUACAGGGACGGGUCCCUUAUUCUCGUGUGCUAGAUGCCUAAGGGCAGGUCAUUUUUCCAAACAAUGCAAGGCUAAAUUUCAUGCCAAUGGCCAGCCUUUGGCAGGCCCAGGAACAGGACAAUGAGCACAGGGGAAUUACGCCCUGACACAAGUGAUUCCUCAGGGCACAGCGCCAGCUCAGGCCUCCCCAGCCAGCUCAGAGGCAUCACCCUCAGCUCCACUGGCAUGGAUGUAUGUACCACCAACAUCUUAGAAUCCUGUCAUGAAAAUUGUUCCUUUGGACAUGUUUGGACGUUUGGGACAAGGACUGAGCGCUCUGCUUGUGGGAAGAUUUACUGUCACCCACCAAGGAAUCUUUGUUCACCGAGGUGUCAAUGACUCCAGCUUUUCAGGUCAGAUUUGUGCCAUGGUUUCCACACACAACCCCCCAUCACUAUUCCAGCAGGGACUCUGAUUGCUCAGCUUGUGCCUUUUCAGCCAUGCGUCUCCAGGACUGGCCAGUGGACUUGUGGGAAUGGUGGAUUCAGAUCCACAGGACUGCCACAAGGCUUCUGCCUCGAGCGAAAAUCUGGAUACGGGACCUGACCACUAAUAACUGGGAGGGCCUUGUGAGAUUAUCACUUGGGGCCAUGGGUAUGCAUGUGUCUCCACAGAUGCUGGAGUACCACGGAUACCUGCAAGGUGUGUCCACCCCAAUUUGUGACACCAAAACCGGAAUGUGGCCAACAGGCAACCCCUGAGCAAUGAUCGAGGUGUCAGCCAUCAAUCAGAUGGUCCCUCCACAAGUGGGGAGUGGACAUUCCAUCCUCUCUUUGUUCUGAAAAGGACUGUUGACAGGCCAAGACUGUCAGCUCUUUGACCAAGUUAAUGAUAAGUUGUUACUAUAUUAGACUUAGCAUUGAGAUUAUAUUAGAAUAAGUAACUGAUUUUAGGAUUAAUAGUGUAUUUCUUGUAAGAGGGAAUCACAAGAUCCGAUCUCUCUGACCAUUUUAAAUCAGCGUCCAAUUGAGGUUCUGAUUAUUAACUAGCAACUGCUGUAGGAACCUCUGCAGCUCUGUUUGUUCUCCUUUCUGCAAAAGACCCUGCAGAUGAUAACAAACACUGCCUCCUCUUUUAAAGAAAAGGGGGAUGUGACAGCCUGGUCAGAGAGUGAGAAAACCAGAUAUGAUUUCCCAGAAUCAGCCUGAGAGAUUUUAGGGGAGCUGAAGAUAAACAAUGAUAGCUUAUUACCAUAAACAACCUGCAGGUUGUGUUUUCUACUCUCUGUUCUUGUUUUUCUCAAAUAUUGUUGAUAAGAAAUGCGUCUUGUUAAUUAGCCAAUCAUGUGUAGUGGUUAAUUGACCAGCCAGGUCUAUCUGUACUGGAACAAUGUAUAAAAGAGGAUCUGAAGUAAAGAUGCACACUUCAUGCAAACCAA